GCGAUAUUUUGUCUGUUUUUUUUCGAUCGUGACAGCAAACAUGGAGAUCGAGGGUUGACGACGGUUAGCACGCCCAUGCCUAGUUUUUAGAUGAUGCAAAGCAAAGGCGAGCAGGCGAUUACCGAGCGGCGGUGGCUUGCUCCAAUUUCAAGCAACGACGGAUGCAGCAGGCAUAGGCGACGGGGAAUUACAGAGAACGAUGACUUCUUGCACUGAUCGAACAAAAAAUUCUGCACCAAAUCACACAAAGUCCAAUGUCCAAUACUUAUUUAUCGGGUAUUGAAUUGAACUAGCUCGAUUGAGGCCCAAGGCAAUGGAUUCUCUUGAUUCAAUUUUUGCAUUAGAGGGAUGUAUCUCUCUGCCUAUAGCUGUGAAAAAAGAAACAGAGGCUGCAUAAAUUUGUGGUGGCGCAGCUGGUAUGGAAGCUGAACCACAGAACCUCAAAGAUCUAAGUAGUGUGAACAAUGAGCUCUUGGUGCAAACUUAGGAGCUUUUGCAAAAGAGUCAACAGAAGAUUUAAAUUUUAGGAUUCAAUUUGGAAUUCAAUGGAGUGGACCUUGAUAAAGUACUCUAAAAAGAAUUUACACGAGAGAUUGAACAAGUAUGUAGCAAAUUAGAAGCAAGCUGCUGAAAGUGAUGCCAGAAUUGAGCCAUUUGUGAGGGAUCAUGCAGCACUCUUGUCAAUCCUUGAUCACCCCCAGGUGAUGCUCAGGGAAUUGAUGGGGCUCAAUUGCUACGGCACUUUUGUAUUUGUUAAUGGAUUAACAAAUUACAACCACCCAUGCCAAAUCAUGGCCGUUGCACUUACUAUCAUUGAACACGUUGGUCACUUGGAAGGAACCAAGAUAUGAAAAUUUAUUGAUCAACAACUAGGUACAGUGUUGGAGGAGAGCCGAUAAAAGAAUGUGAUGCUGUAGAAGAGUAAAAAAAUGCACGUUCUAGAGGAUUUGGACAGCACCAAAGGAGCAUUAGAAGGACUGGAGCUUAUUUACUUUGAGAGAGCGCACAAGGAGAAGCAUUGUUAUUUAAAAGUAUCUCCUCAUCUUUUAAAUGUGAACUCCCUGGAAAGCAUGAGUGGUUUUAGGCUUUUUUAGCUCUUAAUGUAACUAUUGAUACUUAAGACAAUUUGUCAUCUCAUGGCUUUAGGUUAUUGUACCCAAGUUUUUGGCAUUACACAUACAACAUGCCAUUCCAAGGUCCAGGAUCCUUGAAUUGUCCCUGUGGCUUGGAAGAAAUAGGAUAUAGGGAGGAGACUCAGGAUGGAUGGGUGGUGGUGGGAGUCUCCUCGGCAGAACCACAUCAUUCGCCUUACUUUCCAGGUUGAUCCUUACAUCAUCUUCAGCGAGCUGACUAUUCUGUUACGGCUCAAUAAUCAUGACAUUUCUUACCCCUAUGAGAGAGUCGUUGGUAUCACCCAUCAGAUGUUCAUCCCAACUUGUUUGGCUACAACUAUCCUCCGGGCAGACAUAGUCACACUCGUCAGGUAGGGAGUCAAAGAAAGUUUGGAUCCAUAAUCUGUCGUUCUGAAGGGGAUUGGGGGGUAUCACCCACCCAGCGGAGAACUCCUACGUUGGUAAAGUCAUGUUGUAAUGUAAAGUGUUGUGUCUGUGUCUGUUAACUAAAAUAGCCUUAGCUUGGAAUAGAUUAUGAGCAAGGGUUAGAGAUGAACUUACUCAAAGAUAAGGAUGUUGAGUUAAAAACGGGAGCAAUCAUCAAAUAAGUAAGGUAAUAAGAAUGACGAAUAAGGAACCAAUCUUGGA